UCAACUGAACUGAUGGAAAAAAUGAAUAACAUGGCAGAAUUCAUCCUCCUGGGCCUAACUCAAAAUAUGGAACUUCAGAAAUUUUCAUUUCUCGUGUUCUUAAUUGUCUAUUUGGUCACCCUGGCAAGCAAUCUACUUAUUAUGAUCACUAUCAGCACCAGUAAGGCCCUGGGAUCCCCCAUGUACUUCUUCCUGUCUUACUCAUCUCUUAUGGAUGGCUACUGUUCUUCCUCCAUGACCCCUAAAAUGCUAGCUCACACUCUUUCUGUGAGAAAAGUCAUUUCUUUUAAGAGGUGUAUGACUCAGGUCUUUGCUCUGCAUCUUUUUGGUGCUGCUGAGAUUAUCCUUCUCACACUGAUGGCCUACGACCUCUAUAUGGCCAUAGGCAAUCCCCUGCAAUAUAGGGCCAUCACGAGUGGACAGAUGUGUAGCCUCCUUGUGAGAGUGACCUGGACUGGAGCCUUUGUCCAUGCAACCAUUCAGAUCCUCUUCACAGUUUGGAUCCCCUUCUGUGGCCCCAAUGUCAUAGAUCACUUCAUGUGUGCAUUGAACCCUUUGUUGAAACUUAUCUGCAUGGACAGUCAUACCCUUGAUCUCUUUGUUGCUGCCAAUAGUGGAUUUAUCUGCCUGUUAAUACUCUUUUUGAUAGUCUCCUAUGUGGUCAUCUUGCACUCUCUAAGGACCUGUAGCUUGGAGGGGAGACACAAAGCCCUCUACACCUGUGUCUCUCACAUCACCAUGGUCAUUUUAUUAUUUGUGCCCUUCAUAUUUGUGUAUCUGCACCCAGUAACUGCCUUCUCCAUUGAUAAAGCUGUGGCUGUGUUAACUCCUAUGUUAAACCCUUUAAUCUACACACUCAGAAAUGCAGAGGUGAAAAAUGCUAUAAAGAAGCUCUGGAUCAAAAGGUGA